GUCAUUCGUGUUUCUUGGUUAUUUCUAUCGAUUGUUUUUGCAAAUUUAUCAAUGUGAAAACGGUAGCAAUAAUUAAAAUUAAGUAAACGUGUUGCAUUUUAUUCUGUGUAUUUGAGUGAAUAAAUAAAUCCGCCAAAAUGCCGCGUAUUAUGAUAAAAGGCGGCGUUUGGCGCAACACCGAGGAUGAAAUUCUUAAAGCGGCGGUGAUGAAAUAUGGAAAAAACCAGUGGUCUCGAAUCGCAUCACUGCUCCACCGCAAGUCUGCCAAACAAUGCAAGGCCCGUUGGUACGAGUGGCUGGAUCCCAGCAUCAAGAAAACGGAAUGGUCCCGGGAGGAGGACGAGAAGCUGCUCCACCUCGCCAAGCUGAUGCCAACACAGUGGAGGACCAUAGCCCCUAUCAUUGGUAGAACAGCAGCACAGUGUCUGGAGAGAUAUGAAUAUCUCUUGGAUCAAGCUCAAAAGAAGGAGGAAGGGGAGGACAUGGGUGAUGACCCACGCAAGCUGAAGCCUGGAGAGAUUGACCCUAACCCUGAGACAAAACCCGCCAGGCCUGACCCCAAGGACAUGGAUGAAGAUGAGCUGGAGAUGCUGUCAGAGGCACGCGCCCGUCUCGCCAACACACAGGGCAAGAAGGCUAAGAGGAAAGCGAGAGAGAAGCAGCUGGAAGAAGCAAGAAGACUGGCAGCACUGCAGAAAAGAAGAGAACUUAGUGCUGCUGGCAUUGCUGUGCCACUCAGGCGCAAAAAGAAGCGCGGAGUGGACUACAACUCAGAGAUUCCGUUCGAGAAGAAACCAGCUUCAGGUUUCUACGACACGUCCACGGAGGUUGUCGACCCUAUGGCGCCGGACUUCACGCGGCUGAGGCAGCAGCAUUUGGAUGGCGAGCUGCACUCGGAGAAGGAAGAGAGGGAACGCCGUAAGGACAAGAACAAAUUGAAACAACGCAAGGAGAACGACGUGCCACAAGCGAUGCUGCAGGGCGACCAGCCCGCCAGGAAACGCAGCAAGCUGGUGCUGCCCGAGCCGCAAGUCACUGACCAGGAGCUACAACAAGUGGUGAAGCUGGGCCGCGCGUCUGAGGCGGCGCGGGAGUCAGCGGGCGCGGCGGGCGCCGCCACGGACGCGCUGCUGGCCGACUAUGCGCUCACGCCUGCGCCCGCCACCGCGCUCAGGACGCCCAUGCAGCACCAGGACAGAAUCCUGAUGGAAGCCCAGAACGUGAUGGCGCUGACCCACGUGGACACCCCACUCGCCGGUGGCAGCAACACCGAACUGCAGCAAGUGGACUUCUCCGCCGCCCUGCCGCAGGGCAAGACGUUAGCCACGCCCAACACCAUACUGGCCACGCCGUUCAGAUCUUCUCGCAGUGAGGUGUCCACGCCAGGCAGUUUCAACACCCCCAGUCACGGCAAUCAGACUGCACUGGCCACACCGGGUCUUCGAGACAAAUUGAGUAUAAACCCAGAGGAAAGACUGGGUACUGGCGACACACCGCAAGUUGCCAAUCAGAUGCAAAAACAGCUAAAAGCAUCAGUCCGCAACGCGCUGCAAUCCCUCCCAACGCCUCGCAACGACUAUGAGAUCGUGGUACCAGAGCAAGAAGGCGAGGAAGCGGCCGAGUGGACGCCCGCAGCCGCCGUGGAAGACCAGGCCGACGCUGACGCAAGGAUGCAGCUCGAACAGGAAGAGAGACGUCUGGCGGCCCUGGCGCUGCGCUCGACAGCCAUACAGCGCGAGCUGGCGCGGCCCGCCGACGUCAACAACAGCGUGCUGCGCGGACACUCCACGGGGCAGCUGACGGCGCUGCAGCAGGCUGAGGAGCUGCUCAAGGCUGAGAUGGUCACCAUGCUGCAUUAUGAUUCUCUGCAUGAUCCGCCGCAAACUGUAGACAAAAAGCGCGCGGUGCAACUUCAAGCGGCGCACCUGGCGUACUUAGAACAGCAUCCAUACGAAGAGUUUUCCAAGGAGGAACUGGAUGCAGCCAAGCAACAGCUGCAGGCGGAGAUGGAGGUGGUGAAGACAGGCAUGGGCCACGGCGACCUCAGCAUGGAUGCGUACACUCAAGUGUGGGAGGAGUGCCUCGCUCAGGUACUUUUCUUACCUGGUCAAAAUCGUUACACUCGUGCGAAUCUGGCGAGCAAAAAGGACAGGUUAGAGUCUGCGGAGAAGAGGUUAGAACAGAAUAGAAACCACAUGGCCAAGGAAGCCAAGAAGUGUUCGAAGAUGGAGAAGAAAUUAAGGGUAUUGACAGGCGGGUACCAGAGCCGCGCAGCAUCGCUGAUCAAACAGUUCCAAGAGCUGCAGGAUCAGAUCGAGCAAGCCAACCUUGAACUGUCCACCUUCAAGUUCCUCGCUGACCAGGAGAAGGCAGCGAUACCACGUAGGAUAGAGUCAUUGACAGAAGACGUGAACCGUCAAACAGAUCGCGAGAAACAGCUCCAAAAGCGAUACGCCGAGCUGCAGACGGAAUUAGAAGAACUGACCAAAGGCAGACAGAAGCCCGUGGACUCUGCAAUGGAGGAAUAGUUUAUAAAUUCAAUGCAAUGGAUAUGUUCAAACAGUUACCAUAGCAACAGUCUAGAUGAAUGUGGUAGGCCGUAUGGCCGUCUAUAAUGGUCGAGCCAACUGUGUUAGUGAAAACUGCACUUAAGAUAAAUUAAUAACUCAUUGGUGCAAGUUCGGUACCGAGGUUGGAACCGGCGCUGCCCGUUUGAGAAUCAGGAGGUGAAAACAGGGAUUUUUCUCUUUUUGAUAUCGUUUUCACCUUGCCAAGAACGGACCAUGCUUAUGUAAAUCAGGAUUGUUUCUAAAAGUUGUCACUGUUUGAACGUAUACAUUGUGAUGUGUAUAGAUAUGUUAAAGAGUUACGUAUGAAAAGGAAAUUGAAUGAAUAAGGUUAGGUUUUUACAAGCCGAAUAAGAAAACUAAAUUGAUUACAAAAAUGAGUUAUUACAUCGUGUGAAUACCUGAAUGUCUUUUCGAUGAAGAGUGAACGCGCACCUAGACGUGCCGCAGAAGCCGCACGCGCCGAAGUCAUGGCAUUUUGCGGCAAAAAGCGGAUCGUGCGGCGCGGAUACGUGCGCGAAGUUGCAUGCGAUUUCAUACAAAGAUUAAUAAGCGCGCGUCCACUUUAAAUGUGGUAUUAAUAAACUAAUCUCAGCUUUGAGACUGCCCUCAAGAUCACGUCAAUAUGAUCCAAACAUGAAUUCCAACUCAUAAAGUUAAAUUCAAUAGUUUAGAGCCGUUCGAAAUAUUCCGCUUAAAACAAUGAUUAUUUUCGAUUAUUUUGUAAUAUCAUCUGUAAGUUAUUUAUAGCCUUUGCAAUUUGUGAUAAUAAUUAUUAUUGUAUCAUUCAUUCAUGAUGUUGAAUAAAAUAUGUCCCUAGCAUUGUUCAACACUAGUAAAUCGGAUUUGUUUUGCGCUAUCAUAAAAUGCAAAAGCUACACAAAUAAGUCCAAAAUAAUAAUUAUUUUAAUAAGACUUAUAAUUAAUAAUGAAAUAAAAGUACCUUUACGUUA